UGGGCCAUAGUGUUCCUCUCGAUUCCCCGACUCUCGCCAUCGUCGCCAUACGGAAAUUCCUCACGGGCACAGAAUCUAAACUGUGAACAUGAGCCAAGUUCCUGCCGAGAAGUAUGACCUCGAGGCCGAGGACGCCUCCUCGGUCUCGGACCAUUUCGCCAGGUCUUCCCGGCGCGAUUCUCGGGCGGAGUACCCGGACCACCAUGAUACCAUUGAGCUGGAACGAAUCAACACCUACCGUCUGCAACAACAACUCACGGUCGGAUCUAAUCGUAGUCGUACCCCGCGUGAACAAUGGCUCCCCAUGGGUGCCGGAAAGCCCUACCCGCCCGCCCUUCCGGACUCGGAGGCGUAUGUGGUGGAGUUUGACGGCGCCGAUGACCCCAUGCACCCCCAGAAUUGGCCCCUCAAGCGGAGAGUCAUGAUCGCUUCUCUAUUGACCUUCUGUGCCUUGGUCACCGCUUUCGCCAGCGCGGUUUUCGCAACGGCGGCCUCAAAGGUUGAGAGAGCCUUCGGUUUUGGUUCCGAAGUUGCCGCUCUGGGCACGACUCUCUACGUAUUGGGGUUCUCUGCGGGCCCGACUGUAUGGGCGCCGUGCUCCGAAUUACUCGGUCGGCGAUGGCCCUUGAUGAUUGGCAUGUUUGGAUUCGACAUCUUCACCAUCGCUUGCGCGACGGCUAAAGAUACGCAAACCAUCAUGCUGACCCGCUUUUUCUCGGGAUUCUGUGCGGCCAGCGUCAUCGCCCUGGUCCCUGCCAGUCUUUCCGAUCUCUUCAACAAUGAACAACGAGGGAUUGCGAUUGCCAUGUACACGAUGUCCGUAUUCACAGGACCAUUUACUGCACCUUUUAUCGGUGGCUUUAUUACCGAGAGCUAUCUCGGCUGGCGUUGGACCCUCUAUUUGCCUGCUAUCGUCGGAUUCUUCAGUCUGGUAUUGAUGAUAGUUUUCUGUGAAGAGACAUACGCCCCUGUCAUUCUAGUGCAGAAGGCAGCUAUCCUCAGACGCCAAACUCGGAACUGGGGCAUUCACGCACGCCAGGCUGAAUUGGAAAUCGACCUGAAGGAGUUGGUGACGAAGAAUCUGGCCCGCCCGUUCUUGAUUCUCUUCACCGAACCGAUUGCCUUCCUGCUCACUUUGUAUAUGUCUUUCAUUUAUGGGUUAGCCUAUGCCUUGCUCGAGGCAUACCCGAUUGUGUUUUCCGGCACCUAUGGUAUGACUGGAGGGGUGGCCGGUUUACCUUUCAUUGGCCUGAUUCUCGGAGAGAUAUCUGGCAGCGCUUUUGUCUUAUCCAUGCAAGGGUCGUAUACUCGGAAGCUGAAGGCCAACAACAACGUACCCGUUCCCGAAUGGCGGUUGCUGCCAUGUAUUGUCGGUGGUGUGGCAUUUGCAGGGGGCUUGUUCUGGUUCGGUUGGACAGGCUGGAACAGUUCGAUUCACUGGAUGGCUCCUACGGCCGCCGGGGUCAUGGUCGGAUUUGGAAUCACUUCAAUUUUCAUGCAGGGAUUCAACUAUCUGCUGGACUCGUAUUUGCAAUUUGCUGCGUCGGCUUUCGCAGCCAAUACCAUGAUGCGGUCCAUGGUAGGGGCAGUUUUCCCUCUCUUCACGGAGCAGAUGUUCCAUAAUUUAGGCAUCCAAUGGGCUGGUACCUUGCUUGGGUGCAUUGCGGUAGUGAUGAUUCCGAUUCCUGUACUCUUCUACGUGUACGGCCCACGUCUACGAAGGAAGAGUAAGCUGGCGCCGCUUGUCGAGCCAGCGGAACAGCUGAAGGAAGCAUAGGGUAGAUAGAAUGUGAAACUCAAUCAGAUUAAUAGAACUUUCGUGCAGCAGUGGACUGCCACUCC